CUAUAAGAACCCAUAUUCGCACCCCACACCAACCUCAUUUAUCUACUUCUCUGAUAUUUUUCUCUUUCUUAGGGUUUGGCUUUUCUUUCACUAAACCUUUUGCUUUUUCUCUCCAAAAGCUCUCUCAAAAGGCAUAAAUGGCAAACCAGGAGAUUCAAAACGGUGGCUCCGAGAAGGCUUCCGAAGUAACUUUCUCAGUCGUGAAGCCUCAGCUGUUGGUGGAGGCACCCAAGGCAAAUGAGGCCGUUCAGUUCUACAAGGCCGCCUUUGGUGCCGUGGAGACUGCCCGUAUCACCCAGCCUAAGCGUAAAGCAGAGCAGGAGAUCCCGCAUAUAAUCUCAGCUGAGCUCCAGCUUGCUGGUUCCAACAUUGUUGUCUCUGACCUCGCAGAUGACUCCGCACCGGUAAAUACUGUGGGAACCAGAAUCACUUUCAGCCUGGAGACCGAGGACGUUGAAUCUGCUAUAUCCAAGGCUGUGGCCGCUGGAGCUGUUGCUGAGGGAGAGAUCGUGGAAGAAGGCGCGUGUUUUGGUGGGCGCGUGGGCAAGGUCAAGGAUCCCUACGGUUUCGUGUGGCUAAUUUCAUCCCCCGCCAAGAAGCCUGUUGCUGACGUGGAAGCUUAGACGCCGCUCGAUAUGAUCUCGAUCCUGACUCUCUAAUUAGUUCUGCUUCUAGAUUGUUGUUUUUGUUUUUUGGCUUUUCUGUUAAAUGUAGGAGUGGGACCUUGGUAUCAGAAAAAAGGUGUACUAUCUGUUAGGAUUAGGUGAUCAAGAUCAAUAGGGUGGUGAAGCGAUGGGGUUCUUGCUAUUUGAAUAUUUGACACGCUUGACUAUGGAUAUUUUGGUAAUUUAAGAAAAUGACUCGGGGGACAUUUUUUUUUUUUAACUGAUAGUGGUAGCUGGUGUUAUUAUCUCCUGGUUACAUUGUCGAUUUUUAUUUUAUGUUUAGUCUUCAAUUUGAUUUAAUUGCAUGUGUUUGUGUA